AUGAUGGCUAGUCACAGUUUGUGCGGAGAUUGUCAUCAGAGGAUACAAAACGCUGUCGUUUCCUUAGAUGUUGAAAGUGAAAGUGAAAUUGUUGAAAUUGAAGCCGUUGAAGAGCGUCAAGCUGCCAAGUCUAGGUUUUUAACAAGUAGGAACAGGUCUAGUACUCCGCAAAAGAGGUUCACUGAUUUGGAAUCUCCAAAGGCGUCGAUUUGGAAGAUUAUUACCAUGAUCACUAUGGAAGCAAGUAUGGUGAUCUUAGCCAUGGGUUUGAUAGCUUGUGUUCUAAGCAUCUCAAGUCUAGGGAGCAAGACACUAUGGAGGAUCCCAAUUCUGGAAUGGGCAGUGAGUUUACUCGUCACACGUCACAACAGCCUCUCGAUACACCAACUUUGUCCUAGUGACAAUCCUAUGAUUUGUCAUUAG